AAGACAGCCCUCAACCAAUCAAAAAUCUGUUUAACCGAAAAACCUUCCCUUAUCUAACAGUAACUGAAAAACCAGACCCUCUCAGUUCCCAACACUCACAAACCCAUUAACUUCCAACGCCAACCCACCAUGGGCUGUCUUCAACCAUCUUGGCUCUCUGCCCUCAAUACCAUGAACACUAUCUCUCCCUCAAAACCUACUCUCUUCCCCCCCUCCACGAAUUUCAUCAUAUCCCAUUCGUUCAAGCCGUUGAAGCAACCUUUCUCUUUGAACUCAUCCAAUUCUGAAUCUUCCGAACCCGUUCCACCAAACUCACCGGAAAGCACCCCGGAUGCGAAACUGGGUGCUGUUGACCCUGUGAAGCUAGCGUUUGAAAAGGCCAAGGCUUAUAAGAAGGAGGUAAAAUCGAAACUGGUUUCGGAAGUUGAGCAGAACCCAGUUGAGGAUUCUGGCGUCGGUGGUGUGACUAGGGAAGUGCCGGUCUCGGUUAAGGUUGCAAUGGAAAAGGCAAAAGAGUAUAACAAGAGUAAAGGAGUUGUGAGUAGUGGCACGAAGGGUGGAGAAGGCGACGCAAUUCCAUCUUCUAUUUUCGAAAGUCGAGGAUUGAACGGAGGAAAGGGGGGGAGUCUGGGAAAUGGGAUUGUGGAGAAGACGGUUAAUAAGAAGGGAGAACUUUCAGUUUCCAGCAUUGAUUUUAUGGGGCUUAACUUCGCGGAUAAGAAGAGCAGCAGGGGACUGCCACCUGGGCUGGUUCCUGUUUCAGAUUCUUUCCCAGAAGAAGACUUGACUGAUGUGGAGUUUAUUGUUGGGGAUACUAGCAAGUUUGAAGACACAACCGCAUCACAGCUUGAGCAGCCUCAGGAACAUGAUUCGAAUCUUUACAAGCCAAAGGUUUCUUCAUGGGGAGUCUUUCCUAGACCUGGAAAUAUCUCAAGAACGUUCGGUGGUGGAAGAGUUAUACGCCCUGGCGAGGUGCUUGAAACAGCUGAAGAGAAAGCUGCUAAAGAAGCACGUACAAGAGAGUUACUUGCUGCCUACAAGAGUAAAACUGGCUUAAAAAUUGAUCCAAAGUUAAAAUCUGAAUGUCAGGAGGCAUUAAAGGAUGGAGACUCGUUAAUGAAUCUUGGAAAGCUUAAGGAAGCAUUACCCUACUACAAAAAGGUCAUGGAAAAGUUAACAUUCCAGAGUGAGCUUCAUGGGCUAGCUGCUUUGCAGUGGUCUAUUUGUCAAGACUCCCUCAGUAGGCCAAAUGAGGCUCGAUCAAUGUAUGAGAAGCUUCAGUCUCACCCAAAUGUGCAAGUAAGCAAGAAAGCAAGACAAUUCAUGUUCAGCUUUCAGGCCAUGGAGAUGAUGAAGUUCACAACAAGCACGCCUUUUUAUCUGAAGAAUGCAGGUUACCAGAAUUUUUUUGAGGCAUUUAUUGAAAAGAAAUCAAACUAUCCCCUAAAAAAAGUUGAGUUUGAAGAGGGUGGUCUGAAUCAAGUUCUCCCAUAUAUUAUUUUUCUAGUUUCUCCCAUUUUUGCCUUAUUAAUUAUUGUUGUACAAAAGAGAAUAUAAAUUGAAUAUACAGUCUACUAGGAAAUGAAUAGAAAAUACUUAUCCUUGGAACCUUAUGUCUCUUAACAAAAAAUAAAUAAAAAUAAAGGAAUGGUUUAUAUCUGUAACUA